AUGCGCUGGCUACAGCUUCUAACAGCUUCGCUGCUGCCUUUCACGGCGCUUGCCGCCAAGAAGUCCUCGGGCGACCGCUUCAGCGACUUCCGCUCCAAGUCGUCCUCCGGCCCGCUCAAGCUCGACGAUGCCAGCUACACCAAAUUGACCAAGGCCCCCCGGGAUUACUCAGUCGCUGUGCUGCUGACUGCUUUGGAGACUCGAUUUGGAUGCGUGCUGUGCCGCGAGUUUCAACCGGAAUGGGAUCUGCUGGCCAAGAGCUGGGUCAAGGGCGACAAGGAGGGGAAGAGCAGGUUGGUGUUUGGAACGCUGGACUUUGUGGAUGGGAAGAACACAUUUCAGCAGUUGAUGCUCCAAACCGCCCCAAUUCUGCUCUACUUCCACCCCACCGUCGGCCCUAAUGCAAAGGUUGACUCGCAGCCCGUCCGCUUCGACUUUACCAACGGUCCUCAAUCCGCUGAGCAGAUCCAGGCCUGGGUUGCGCGCCAGCUUCCCGCCGACGCUCCGAAACCUGCCAUCUCCCGCCCCAUCAACUGGGUCAAGAUCAUCACCGUGACGACCGCUAUCCUUGGUACUGUUACCUUUGUCGUCGUUGCAUCGCCUUACGUCCUUCCGAUCCUGCAGAACCGCAACCUGUGGGCCGCAUUCAGUCUUAUCGCUGUGCUACUCUUCACCAGCGGACACAUGUUCAACCACAUUCGUAAGGUCCCGUAUGUCUCUGGAGACGGCAAAGGUGGAGUCAACUACUUUGCUGGUGGGUUCAGCAACCAGUUCGGUCUGGAAUCCCAAAUUGUUGCAGCUAUAUACGGCGUUCUUUCCUUCGCUACUAUCUCCCUCGCGCUCAAGGUCCCCCGCAUAGCCGACGCGCGCGCCCAGCAGUUUGCUGUCUUCCUCUGGAGCGGCGUCCUGCUCUGCAUGUACAGCUUCCUCCUCAGCGUCUUCCGACAGAAGAAUGGCGGCUACCAGUUCUGGCUGCCUCCGUUCUAA